UACACGCGAGUAAGCCCGCUCGCAUCCCGGGGGACCUCCCGCCACUUAACACACGGCUAGAUUGGGCAGCACCCAGACCAUCCGGUGCACACGUGGUCGGCCAACUGCGACGCAAUCGCGAAAACACGCCCCUUACGCAGAUUGUCUCCGCCUCUCUUUGCGAAGGGAGCCAAUGGGAGACAGGGGGCGGGGCUGGGACGCGGGACUUGCCCGGGCAUGUGGGUUCUACAGUUGCAGCCUUCGCUUCCGGGAAUGACACGUGGGAACCCGGCUGGCAUAGGAGGAUGCCGUCGACUAGCAUCAAAUGCGCUCCAGGAGGGACGAAUCUGGCAAAAACUCACCAAGGGAAUAGUUUCAUGGGGAUGGAAGGCCUAUAUCUCGAAUGCUCCAGAUGGGAUCCGGGUGAUUUUCUCAAUAAAGCUCUCCCAGAUGCCAAAGCUUGCAGACAGAAUAAAACUAAAAGCCGGAAGCACCAGCGUUUCAUGGCCCGAAGGGCACAGGAGCAGAGGAAACUGCUGGGGGUGGAGAGGCCGCUGCUGAUAUCGGACUGCUCCGAAUCAUGCACGGCACGGGACCGGAAAGUUAGCCAGUUGGCAAAGCAAGAUGUAGGGAAGGCCCAUAAGAAGCUAAACGUGCUUGGUCCAGUUGUGAUGGUUAGCACAGCAAGGGAACCGUCCUCUUCCCGAGAUCUUCAGAGCCGGGUAGCCUUGAUGAGCGGCUCCGAAACGAGUACAGGUUCCGUAUCGUGUCUGACGACAAAAAAGCCCCGGAAGUGUGUGGCUCUUGACUGUGAAAUGGUGGGCACUGGUCCUGUUGGGAAGACAAGCGAACUGGCUCGCUGUACUGUGGUAAACUACAACGGGGACGUAAUCUAUGACAAAUAUGUGCGGCCAGAGCUUCCUAUUAAAGAUUAUAGGACUCGCUGGAGUGGAAUCACCCGGCGGCACAUGGAACACGCGAUUCCUUUCCGGGUUGCUCAGAAGGAGAUCUCACAGAUCUUGAGAGAGAAAAUAGUGGUGGGGCACGCCAUCCACAACGACUUCCGAGCCCUGAAAUAUUUCCAUCCUCGAGGGCUGACGCGAGACACUAGCCAGAGUCCUCUCCUGAAGGAGAAGCUGGGGUCACCUGUCAAGGGUAGUGUCUCUCUCAAGAACCUGGCUCGGGAGCUGCUGAAUAAAAAUAUCCAGGUCAGCAAAAAUGGACACUCCUCGGUGGAAGAUGCGCGGACGUCUAUGGAACUUUACAGAUUGGUGGAGGUGCAGUGGGAACAGGAGCUAGCCAAUCGCCACCCCUUGAGUCCUUCCAGCAGCCCGCCAGAUAGUGGCACGGAUAUUGACUGCUACUUGGAAGACCAGUACUGGCCUGAGGACAUCAACGUAGACUGCAAGUGAAGAGCCUCUGCUGAAGUGCAUCUCCUUGGGGCAGCUCUUUGAGGAGGGGCAAGCCCAUCGCCCUGCUAGAGUCACAUGUGUAGACCUGGUAGCCACUGUAGACAUUUUGGUAAAAGAUGGCCCAACCCAUCCACCCCAAAUAAAAACACACACAUGCAUGAAGCCUGUGAUCUGUGUUCCCUGUGACAGUGGCUCUUGGAUGUUGUUGACUACAACUCCCAUCACCCCCAGCCAAAGUCUGUUGUAGGUGGGGGUGGUGGGAGUUGUGGUCAACAUCAUCUUGGAAACCCUGUUACAAGGAACACUGCCUGAGAUGAAAAGAGGAUCUUUGCCAUUGUGCUUUGAUGCAAAAGUGAUGCUAGGGCUAGGGAAUAAAUAUAAAAAGAGGGUUUUUUAAAUUGAAAAAAGCCUAAGCUUUCAGCAUUCUGUGCUAGUCCCUCAGCCUGUCUUGGCCCUAGAAAUCAGAGGCUAGUACCAUAUCCUCCCCACCCCCCCAGCCUUUUUCUCUUGGGUAAAGCAUCUCUCCCUAGCCCUUUCCCACAAAUAAGUGGCCCACAAGUGAGUUGCUGCAGAGCCACCAUGAAACUGGUAUAAGUUUCUGGGUGAGUUGUCUGGCUCUGCUUUUGAGGCCUAACGAUGGAUUUAUUGUCUAAUUAUAAUGGCUAGAGAAGAAGGAGUUCUGUUGCCUUCUAGUGCCCUAACUUAUUGCUGCAGAAGUGUGUUGAUUUGCUGGGGGGGGGGGUGCGUGCCUGUGACAGACACUAUAGUUAGUUAACACGGUUUUGUGUGCUGCGUUUUUCUUUAUCAAGCCAUCCUAAAUGUCCAUGGGAACACACUUGUAGGGAGAAACAUAAUGUGAACCUAUAGAACAUAACUGCACUUUACAGUGGCCUGCUUCACACAAUCAUUUUGAUCUAGGUUUAAUGCUGGUUUCUGCCAUUCAUGUGAUUGUGUGAACCCACACCAAAACAGAAAUGUCAUAUUCAAGGCGGGAAUCUGAUCUAUCUUGAGCCAUAAACCAUCUUGGCGUGGGUUCACACAAUCACGCAAAUGUUAGUCACCUGCAUUAAACCUAGAUUCAAAUGACUGUGUGAACCAGGUCAGUGAUUCCCUGGAUCUUCGUGGUUGUGGAGCAGGGUCAAAAUGCCGCAGUGGUACAAACUGUUCCUGAGUUCAAUAAUUUCUGUGACUGACCGAUUCCUACAUUAAAAGUUUCCUUCUGUGCUCUGCA